CCGCGAUGAGCAAAGACGCCGAGUGGAGGGACUCCCUGCUCUACUACUACUGCAUCAAGUUCGCGCUCUCGGCGUACGCCACCCUCUUCUCGAUCAUAGGCCUGGUGAUCCUCUGUGUUGGCAUUUAUGCUGAGGUGGAAAGACAGAAGCACCGGACCUUGGAAGGCCUCUUCCUUGCUCCAGCUGUGAUCCUUCUCCUGUUGGGCAUAACUAUGUUUGCAGUUUCCUUUAUUGGAAUGGUGGGAUCCCUCCGAGACAACAGGACACUACUGAAAACUUUCUUCUGGGUCCUCUUGGCGAUCUUCAUCACAGAAUUGCUGCUGCUGCUUGUCGAAAUAAUCUUUGAGAAACAGAUGAACGCAGUCUUCCAUGCCAGUGUUCAAGAUGGAAUAAGGCACUAUUACGAUGACUUGGACUUCAAAAAUAUUUUGGACUUUGUGCAGCAGAAGUUUUCCUGUUGUGGAGGCGACGAGUUCACAGACUGGAAUGUUAAUCCAUACCAUGCAUGCAACGGCAGUGGCCCUCUGGCUUGCGGGGUGCCCUACACUUGCUGCAGGAAGGUCCCUGGAGAGGUCAUUAACACACUGUGUGGAUACAGGACUCUCAAUAAAGAGAGGCUGGAGCUGGUAGACAUUAUCUAUGUGCGCGGCUGCAUCCAUGCAGUGGGCCUGUGGCUGAAAGAUAAUUUCGAGGCUACUUUCGGAAUGGUUUGUUCUUUGCUGCUUCCUCAGGCCAUUGGCUUGGUGAUGACUUGGCUCUACUGGCAGAAGCUCAACGAGAUUCAUUCCAGGUUGGACACGGUCGAUUUCAGGCGACUGGACAUGAGCGACUUCAACUUUGCCGCUGUGGACUUGACUGGGGCUGGCUGGUGCUGGUGUCUGCCCCGAGAAGGAGGCUACAUUCCAGUCCACAACAAAGAUGAGGAUGUAGCCGACGAUGUCGUCUGACAAAGCAAAGUAGGACAUUCUUGGGUUCUCUGAAUAAAUGGCCUCCACAAGACAGGUUGCAGCCUGGAGCGUUCAAAGAUGGUGCCAUGUGAAGGAAAAGACACAAGGGGCCUAAGUUAAUGACAUGUAGCAUGAAUAACACAUAGCGGUGUGGUUUUUAUCACAAAAGGUGCUUGUGAUCAUACACAACCUUCAAGGCUGUAUGUCUGUGUGUGAAUGUUA